GUUUUCAAAAUAUGGAGGACGUGCGAUUUUGCUGAGUGCUCGUCGGCAAGAUAAUUUUCUUGAUAAAUUUCUCCUUACCAGGCCUUAGCUUUGCGAAAUAAAUAAUGAGUGACGAUGGAUCAGGUAUUUUCAAAGCUGAAGAAGCCAUUAACUUUUUGGAAAACGAGGAACCGAAAGGUAGAGUCAAAGUCGAGACUUCUCUAGCAGUUGAAAGGAUUGAAAGUGUUGCUUACAGCAAUGGUCUUCCACCUGAUCAACUUGUGAAUUUAGUCAAGAUAGCGACUGGUGGAAAAUAUGAUGAUAGUAUUUCUUCAAGGCUUAUCAGAUCCCUGAUUCCACAGAAAUCAGUUCCUGGGUUAGCAGUUGUGAUCAUAGCAUCAAGGAUUUGUAGUAACAGACUAUCUAUGAGCAUAAAGUGUUUGUUACUCAGAUGGAUCGUACUUAUCUUUAACCUUAUUGAUGAUCUGAAAGAUGUGCAUUCUCUGUAUGGAAUCUUCUUCCUCUUUUUGGAGAGUGACACUUUGUGUCCUCAUUUAUGCCAUCUCUUAUAUUACUUGACAAGAAAGAAAGAUGUGAGGAAUUUUAGGAUCAGAAAACUGCUGGAUCUACAGCAUCGCAGGGGAAUGAAACCUUAUCUCUGUGCCUUACUUGCUGUUUACAAGAGACAUUGUCCAAAUGUUGUUACCAUGGCAGUGACAGCUUCUACUACGAGAUUAUGGUUCAAGGAAACAGACAAAUCCUGGAGGGAGGCAAUCAAGAAGGUCCAGCUCAAAUAUGAUACAAGAGAAACAGUGGAAAGUUUUUCCCUUUCAGUGAGGACAGCUAAAAGUGUUCCAGUAGCAAAACGACGAAAACUUAUUGGGAACAUUCCCGAAAUACAGACAGCCACGAUAAAUGAAAAGGAAAUUUCCAUCGAGCAGCUCUUCUCCUUUGAGGAUCUUCUUGCAAACAUUGAAAAAAUAGAGUUUCCGAGCCAGGUGGCCUCAGUGGUCAACUCACCGUUCCUGCAGCACGUUUUAAGCUGUAAUCCUGACUUCGUAGUGUUACAAAGAUUAAACUUUUGGCUCAAUCAUACUUUGUACGAAGAGUUUCUUAACAGUUCAGCAUCAGAAUCUGAUCCGUAUACCUGGAUGUUGUUGCGGCAAUUAAACCACUUAACUGGCUUUCUCCAAGAAUCUGUCCCAGCGGUGGAAGCUUUCUUGGUUCGAUUCCUGUUUACAUGGAACGGACUGGAUUUCAGACCAUUGAUUCUGCAACUCAUAACUCAUCUGAGUUUAUGGCCGUUUCAACGUUUGAAUGAUCUGGUUCUUGAACCGCUUAGAAAACUUUUCUUUUCAUCGUCAGUUUACGUGAAGUGUCAAGUUAUGUACUGCUUUACUGAACUGCUGAGAAAUUUCCUUGCGGUUGAGUUACCACGGCAGCAGGAAUUACUUCAAGAAGAGCGAUCUCAAAGACCACGUGGUCUGGCUAGUGUCUCGUUGUUUGUUGAAGACGAAGUUGAGGCGUUUGAUCCUCUAAAGACCAUAUAUGAUUUCAUACAGUUUGUGGAUAGGGUCUGUGUCGUAGGUUUACAGGUCGAAAGAGACCAUGCGCUGUUACAGCAUUGGGUGUUAAACUUCUUUGAACUGGUUUCAACUUCCCAUCAACAGUUUUCUUUGCCAUUUGUCCUUAUUCCUUCCUCUGGGAUCAUCUAUAGAAUGUUGUUUUCUAGUAACUCCAUGGCUGUGUCAAGAUUGUGUCAAAUCAUCGUCAACUUCAAGAAGGAGUUUGAAUCCCUGAAGAUAACACAAGGAGAAUCUCAGGCUUGUCCUUUGGGAUUCCCGGAUGGUUUUCAAAGUAUACAGAGAUUUAACCAGUAUAUCUUGGAUAUUUGUGACAGUUUGUGGAGAAACAAAGCUUUUAUAGACAGGGACAAAUCAUUUUGUUUCAGCAUGCCGAGCUCGGUGACAGACUCCCUUGAUGUGCGUCAUAUGAACGAAUUGUUUUCAAUCCAUCAUCAUCUAUCUUUGGCAGGGGAGGCCUGGAAAUUUCUUCAUCAGACUCAGCCAACUGGAAUGAAGCUGACACCGAGUCUUAUCAAGGGUCGCUCUAGACGUGCUUACAUGGAGUUUCUGAGGCAGAGAAAUUUCAGUGGAAUCCUCGUAUUUUUGGAAACAUUUAUCAGAACACGUUCGUGACAUCAGCUUGCAAAUUCCGCAG